AUGGAACUGGCUCCUCGCUCCUUCUAUGGUUCCUGGAAGAGAUACUGGAGAAGAAAGCGAUACCAGCGAUUCGACGGUGCGAUCACAGCCCGGAAGAACAUUAAGGUGACGAGAUUCGGAGGUAGCCCACGAAGGGUAUGGAAGAUCAAAGCAGUGCCCAGGCUAAGAAUUUUGAGGAGCAUUGCUUCACCAUUGAAGCUAAUGAGCAAGCUCAAGAACGCUUAUAUUAACAUGAUGCUUGGUAUGGCUGGAAAUGUGGACGGAACAAAUGUUUUUGGAAACAAAAGGGUUCCAAGAGGCAGGCAAGUUAAAGCUACUAAUUACCCGAGUGAAGCGUUUGAGAAGAGGUUGGUUUAUGAGAUUUAUAAGAACCUGCUAGCAACUCGAGAAUUAUCUACCGUGAAGAUCAGUAAUUAA